AAACCCAAAAAAACGUACAACACCAGGGAUUCGCUGGUCGUCACCGACCCAACUACUAAUCUGGCCGUCAGUAGCUUAUCUAGGGGAGAGCGGACGGGAUCCCGAGUUUUCUACUGCGUAUGGUCGUACGUGGCAGGCAGUUACUCCAGUCCAGAUUAU